UUGUAUUCGUUCGCUGAUUCGUGCCCUAGAUGAGGAGGAUCGUGAAACCAUUCACUAGAAAUCGCGCUACGUUUAUAUCGAUUCCAUCCGAGUAACCGAUCGAAUUGUUCGUUCGUUUCUAGUGCCGAAUCUCGCAACGAUCGACGCAUCGAUCUACUAUUACUAUCGUCCUUGCUACUGUUAUCGUUGUUACCACCGUCCACUACACGCAAACGUCAUCGUAAUUAUUCUACUUGACGUCGUCGUCGUCGUCGUCGUCGUCGUCGUCUUUGUGUAACCAACUUUCCACUUGGCACAAUCUUUAUGUGCUUUGUCUUUACUUGAAACUAUGAAGUGGCAUCCCGAUCACUCUACAACAUUGCAGCCAAGGAAUGUAGGCGACGAAAGUACGGAUCAAAAUAAUAAUAUAACUAUGAUGAGCGAGGAUUUGCUGCAACCUGGCCAUGUGGUCAAAGAACGCUGGAAAGUCGUCAGGAGAAUAGGAGGGGGUGGGUUUGGUGAAAUUUAUGAAGGGCUAGACUUGAUGACCAGAGAGCAAGUUGCGUUGAAAGUUGAAUCAGCACGUCAAUCAAAGCAAGUUCUUAAGAUGGAAGUAGCAGUAUUGAAAAAACUUCAGGGCCGAGAACAUGUGUGUAGGUUUAUAGGUUGUGGCCGUAAUGAUCGAUUCAAUUAUGUUGUAAUGCAGUUGCAAGGAAAAAAUUUAGCCGAGUUACGACGUGCUCAGCCUCGUGGUGCUUUCUCAUUAUCUACUACUCUCCGUUUAGGACUUCAAAUUCUCAAAGCAAUUGAAAGCAUACAUCAAGUAGGCUUCCUUCAUAGAGACAUCAAACCUUCAAACUUUUCAAUGGGACGACUUCCGCAUACAUCGAAGUUAGUUUAUAUGUUAGAUUUUGGUUUGGCUCGUCAAUUCACGACGGGUACUGGUGAAGUUAGACCACCUCGUAGCGCGGCAGGAUUUAGGGGAACCGUCCGGUACGCAUCGGUGAAUGCGCACAAAAACAAAGAAAUGGGCAGACACGACGAUUUGUGGUCAUUAUUUUAUAUGUUGGUAGAGUUUGUUAAUGGACAACUCCCAUGGCGAAAAAUAAAGGAUAAAGAACAGGUGGGUCUCAUGAAAGAAAAGUACGAUCAUCGCUUACUUUUAAAACAUCUUCCAGCGGAUCUCCGUGUUUUUUUGGAACAUAUUCAGAGUUUGGGAUACGCAGAUAAACCAGAUUAUGCGAUGCUGGCAGGUCUAUUCGAACGUUGCUUGAAACGUAGAGGAGUGAAAGCUACUGAUCCCUAUGAUUGGGAGAGGCCACUUAUAUCGAACGAAAGUUUACCGACUACCAGGUCUUUACCUAGUAACUAUCAGAUUCCCAUGCAUCCAUUACUGACCACAGCUACUACGAUCAAUCAAGCACCAACCACGCCGAACGUCGAUACGAAUAAUCAAGAAAACGUCGAACCCGAUAACAGAAAGGAAUUAGACGCGCAAAUGGAUUAUGAAAGUAUAUGUAGAAGAAAUAAACAACGUGGAGUAGAAGGAACUUCGGUGCCGUUUACAUCAGCUAUCAGCAAUCACGGCCGAGAUAAAAAUUGUAACGCCACAAUACCUACAAUGGAUAAUACUCAUCAACAACCUGGGCAACAAGCUCAAGACUCGCCUAAAAAGAGGCGUGCAGUUUCGAUGGCAGCAGAACCACAAACAGGCGUGGUAGACAACGAAGGAGACGCUUUAAUGGCAUCCGCUCGUUCUGCUUCAGAAGUUCCUCGCAAUAAAAUUGGAGCUAAUGCUGCAGCGCCAUUAAGGAAAUCCGCAAGUGGCGCAACAUUUGCUCGAUUACGAGUAACAUCUGCGCCUGAGGCAACGCCUGGCGAACCUCCCAGUCCUCGUGUACAAACUGAAGUCGAUGCCUCUUAUUGUUCCUACGACGUUACCAAUCCAAAAUACGUUGGCAAUCAGAGCCCCGUUACGGAACAAAGAGAACCAUUGAAAAGAGAACCGCGAAGAAGAACAGAUGGACGUCAACAAACAAGAGCUAGUCGCGCCGCAAUAAGGGACUGUUCCAUAACUCAGUUCGCGCAGAUAGAUGACGACAAUGUAUCGGCGUUGCAGCAAGUGACUAAAGGUGGUGGUGGUCUGACCCUCGCUUCUCAGUGGAAAUCACAAUUUGACGAUUCUGAAGAGACUGACAACGAAUGGAAAGGAGAGAAUUUACAGAGUCCCGAGCAUAAAGGGACCAACAUGCCAAUUAUGGUUCCGCAGUCGACAGUUGGUAGUGAUGCUGUGACCAUCGCAACUUCAGUACCUGCAUCUAUCGAUGCGAAAACGACAGUGGUUCAAUCAACCACGUCGAUCGCACCGCAACAUUCAAUAAUACCAACUGCCCUCUCACGAAUAAGUGAAGAUUCUAUGAAGCCUGCGGCUCCUCAUAGGUGCUUAAAUAUUGCUGGCAUUGAGAAAUAUCCGGAUCUUCAAAGUGCGCUUCCUCGCGCUUGGAGCGUUCCUGCGUUGGCGCCGCAUGUUCGCGCGUACCUCGAAGCACCGUUGGUUCAACAAGCUGCAUUCGAUGAUUUGUUGUACGAGGUUGAUGUUAUGAGAAAUAUAGCUACACGUUACGACGAACCGAGACAAAGCCCUCCACCACGAAGGGCGAGCGUACCAGCAGUUGCUUUUUCACCACCGAACACAAUACCCAGCACACCUGGAGGAGAAGAAGAGGAGGAAGCAGUGGCUGGAAGACUAGAAAUUAGAGUAGUUGAUGCAACAGGUGGUGCAACCGUUGUACAAACCACCGCGGAUAGAGAGCCAUUGCAAAGAAAAAUGACAAACGGUACAGUAGACAGUCCGGCUAUCCUAGAUAAUUCUAAUCCGGAAAGGGAAGAACCAUCGAUAUACGACGAUGCUGUUGAAAAUCGAGCGCCUAUCGAUGAUACCGUGCACAAGGAGAACAACACUAUCACUGUCUCGACCACUAUACCGAACGUGGUACCACUUCGUGAAUAUAAGGACGAUAAAGAAAAGGAGGUCUCUAAUAGAACUCAUAACACUGUCAGUAAAAUUCCAAUUCCGGUUAAAAGUCCGAGAUGUUCAUUAUCGGAAUCAACACCAGAAACGAAUACGCAAAAUACCAAAAGCAUCAUGGGAAAUGAAGUAGAAAUAUCGUCUACACCUGCGGCUGCAGCCAGAGAAAAAGAUGCUACUGUCAAGGGCAAGCGCUUGACAGUGGAGGUAUUGCGACGCUGCUUGGCAUUGCCCGAUGAACCAUCGAUCUUUUCACCUUUAACGUCGGCUAAUUCGACAGAAGAUGAAAAUUUAACUGGAUGUACUCCUGCGUUACGUCGCCGAAGGCAAAGCGAGAAAUAUGUGACCGAUGCCAGCCAAUUAAACCUUCGAUUUCAAAGACCGCAACGCAGAAUCAGGUCCCAUUCUGAAGUAUUAUCCAAGUUUUCUCCUAGAGGAGUACCUUCGCAUCUUUUAGGAGAGACGACUAAACGUACCGAUGAGAGUAGUGACAAUGACUCCGAUAAUAGUGGUCCACCGAAUGCUCAACCUCCACCACCUCCUACAUCUCUGCCUCCUCAUAUUGCAGAAAAUAAUGCUAGAUGUCGCAGAUUUCGACCUAUAUCAGAUGGGACAAUAAUCAGCAAAGAAUGGUGAGAUACAGUAUCAUCUGCAGAGGCGAAUUCAAGUAUUUGUUUGUAUCAACGAUCGGCAGAAACCUUGCGAUCUGUUCGUUCGAAUGUCUGGAAUCUUUCUUUCCGUAUGAGAGAAAGCAAGAAAGUAAUGUUAAUUUCACGAUGAUUUGAUUCAAAGUGUCGCAUAAAAGUUGUUAAUUUUUCCGUGAAGGGAAAACAUAAGAAAUCGUAUCACGUGAGAAACCAUUGCUUUCUUAGGUAAAGCAAUUUUGAUUAAAACACUAAACGUUAAAACGAAAUGAAUAUGACUUGAAGAAAUGCUAUGAAAUGUUUCGAGUUCCCCGCGUCAAAUGAGUUAGAAAUUCUUUUAGAUCAAGUUGCAGAAGCAGUUGUGUAUUUCAUUCAGCUGUAAGACCCUGUUGCAAAAAUCAUAUGAAUUGGUGGUGCUUCAAAGAAUGUACUUCCUAGUCUACAAAGGUAUGUGACGACAGGAUAAAGUUCAUUAAAUAUUUAUCAGGUACAUACGUUAACAAAGACACAACUACAGUUCGAAAUGAAUUAUUCCUCCAAAAAAAAAAAGAAAAAAAAGAGAGAAGAGAAAAAAAAGAAGAAGAAGAAGAAAGAAGAAAAAAAGAAAAAAAGAAAGACAUAUCUCCUUCUCCUUUUUCUCUAGUCGUCGUCGUCGUCGUCGACGCGUCGCCACCACCGCCACCGCCACCGCCAUCGCCAUCGCCAUCGCUAUCGCUAUCGUCAUCGCCAUCGCCAUCGCCAUCACCACCGUUCCUGCCUGCUACCAUUCACUGUUCUCUUAUUCUUAUCCCUUCCUUCCUUGUCCCCCCUUCCUUGUCCUAAUCGUCUUCCCAUUUUUUACGCACCCCUGCUUUACGCGAAAUUCUUUCUACAAAAUACUCAUUUUCUAAAUAUUACAAUCCCAUUAUCUGCACUUUAUAGGAAAUACCAUUGCAAAAUUUAGUUGUUCACCAAUGUAAGGAGAGACUGUACAACGUUAUUCUUAUUGAUUAUGCAUUUAGUGAAGAGAAAUUUGAAUAUAAGGGCAAAUUGUAGGAAAUAACCUUUACUAAUUGAACAAAACUUUUCGUGAUAGUUUUCAUACAAAACUAAUGUACGAUGGAUCACGAUAUAGAUGGUCAAAAUCGAUAUUGGAUAUAUAAUAUGACGCUAACUGUUGUACCGUAUUUAUUUUAAAUACAUAGUAGUUUUAAACGAAUUUUCGUGAGUUAUCAAGGUAACCGGUACUCUUUGAAAAACCACCAUUACGCAACUAAUAAAAGAUAGCAAGAAAGAAUCGUUAACGUUAAAAUAACAGUUAUAUCCUCGAGCAAAUGUAUAUCUCGUCCGAAUUAUCGUUUUAUGGAUGUGUAACGUAUUAGCUAACUGCUUGUAUUAAGGCUGCCACGAAAGAUAGAUGAAUUCAAUUACGAGAUCACGAUUAAUCACUUGUCAAUAUAAGCAAGCCUUCUUCGAUUGGUUGACAAAUUUUUCGUCAUCAAGAUUUAAGCGAUGAAAAAACUGUAUUAAUAAAUAAGUACUCGAAGAGAAUGUUAUAGUUAGAUUACAUAUAAUCACGCGUAUUUGUCUUGCACUUCCCGAUAACGCGAUUUUUCCAAACACUUACAAAUCCGCAAUCGAAACAAACAUAGUGAUGCAUAAAACUAGUCAAGUAGAAUCCUUUAGUAUUCUAUUAAUGAAACCAAAUUUGCGCAUAGAGUUAUAAAUAUUAUACUUGUACAAAAUAGUUUAGGAUUUAUUUUGUGCAAUGAUCGAAAUAACGUUAAAGAUACGAUGAGAUAGCUUUAAGUUAAUGUCACGAGAAUAAUUUCGCAAUAUGAAAACAAGUGUGCAGUAUGCGCGAGCAAAAACUACGUGAUUAUCGUAGACGAAAUGAGAAACGGAAUGAUACGCGAAUCUAUCGAGUGCAUAUUAAUCUGUGUACGUAUACACACGAAUAUGUAUAUCGUCAUACUACAUUUGUUCGUGCACUCGCGUUUCCAAACUUCAUCUUUCAACUCAUCCAAAAUUUGUUGUGCGAACGUACGUAACUUUAGAAUGGAAAAGUGCCACCGACGAUGAAUAUACUGUAUGUAAAUCGGUAAUGAAUCUGUAAUUGAAGAUAAAGUGUACGUUUGAAUGUAAACAAAUACGCAUAAUAUAGCUCAUUGGAUGUAUCUCUAUAAUCUAGUAUAUUUGAAUGUAUCUCUAAUCUAUAAUAGAAAAGUAUCGUAAGUUACUUAUAACAUUCACUUUGAAAGUUCGCACUCUGUUAAAAAUAAAGAAACAGUGUGCGUUUUGUUUUCGAAACUACAUAGAACUUGCCAUUGAUGCAUCGUUUGAGCGAAUACGAAAUAUUUUAUUGAAAAUUAAGGAACCGUAAAACGUAUUGAAAAGUUACAAAUUCCGCGCGUAAAUAUUGCACACAUCUAUUCUAUAUGAAAUCAUACAUAUUUUCCAUAAAUGUCAAAUCGAGUUCAUUAAUUUACUUUGAAACUUUUAAUAGAUUACAGAGAGAAAUAAAUGACUCAUAAAGCUACCAAUCCA